AUGCUUCCCUACCUCUUUCCUGACCUCUCUGCCUUUCCCACUGUCGCUGACCUCAUUACGCACCUCCGCACUAGUGACACUCGCUACCGCGCCGCCCUUCCUGCUGAGUCCUGCGCUAAGAACCCCCCCCCUAUGUACAUCACUCUCUACUAUGUAGUCGCACGCCUCCCUGACUCCCUCCGCGUAGUCAGGGACCACUUUCUCGCAGUCUGUCCCACCACCCUCACCGUCGACAACAUCGAGAAGGCCCUCCUUGCGGCGGAGAAGAGCAUCGUCGCUGUCGGAGCUUCUCGUGGUGACCCUCGCACCCCCAUCUUUGAGGGGUGCUCUCCUUCCCCCCUGCUGCCCUCUGUUGCCUCUGCUGCUGCUGCCGACCUGCUUGGUCUUGAGUCGGUCGGCGCGGCGUCUGCCCCUAGUGGGAGACGCCGCUCUGGCAAGGGCAAGGGGGGCAAGGGCGCGGGUGGAGCUGGAGGGGGCGGUGGAGGUGGCGGUGGAGGCGGCGGCGGGAGUGGGGGUGGCGGCGGGAGUGGUGGCGGGGGUGGUGGUGGUAGUGGCAGCGGCGGCGGAGGCGGCGGUGGUGGCGGCAGCGGUGGUGGUGGUGGCAGCGGUGGAGGUGGAGGCGGCGGAGGAGGCGGAGGAGGAGGCGGUGGUGGCGGAGGGGGUGGAGCUGGUCGGGGUGGUCCGUGUGCCCACGUCCUUCGUUCCGGCGACCGCGCGGGUGAGCAGUGUGGGGGUGCCCACCCCACCCAGCGCUGCUUUGGCCGCCUGACGGACGCCUGGCGUCAGCAGUUCCCCGAGGCUAGUGAGAUUCCCCGCUGGGAUGAGCUUCUUAGGGCUGGUGUAGCGAUCUUUGAUCUUGACUAUGAUGCUAUCCUUGCUGCUAUGUAUGUUGUGACUAUUAGUGAGGAGGGUGACUGUUACCGGUGUUUCCCGCCCGACCCGCGCAUUGGUACUGCUGCGCUAGGUGCUUGUGAGGCUGCUGCUCUAGGUGCCAGUGCGUCUGCGCUCUCAGGUACUGGUGAGACUGCGCUCUCAGGUACUGCGUCGCCUUCUUCCUCCCUCACUUUCACACUUGACUCUGGGGCUUCUCGCUCCUUCUUUCGAGACCGCACCACCCUCACGCUGCUUGGCCGGCCGGUUGCGGUCUCCCUGGCUGACCCCUCAGGGGGUCGUGUCCUCUCUCACUUCUCCACUGUCCUCCCGUGUCCGGCUGCCCCUUCAGGCACCCUGUCUGGGGUGUACCUUCCCUCGUUCUCUACGAACUUGGUGAGUGGUGCGGACCUGCAGGAUGCGGGGGUUCACCAGUUCACUCCUGCGAGUCAGCGGGUGACCCACUGCACGGACGCACGCACAGGCCGGCACCUGGCCACGUUCUCGCGUCGGCCGGGGUCGAGCCUCUAUACCCUGACCACUACGUCUCCUCCUGUCCCUGCGUCUGGUCAGGUAGCUGCGUCAGGUCAGGUGCUUGCUGCUGCGUCCCCGUCAAGUCCUGAGUCUGCCCCCGGUUCUUGUCGCCUCCUGUCUCACGAGACUCUCCUGUGGCACCACCGUCUUGGCCACCCCUCCUUGCCCCGUCUUCGGAGCAUGGCUUCCCGUGUCCUUGUCUCUGGUCUUCCCCGGUCUCUCCCUCCCCUUCCCUCCGGGCCAGGACCUUCCUGUGUCCCCUGUGUCGAGGGGCGCCUCCGGGCUGCUCCUCACUCCUCCCAGUUCCCCCCGACAGAGGCUCCUCUGCAGACGCUUCACAUGGACGUGUGGGGCCCAGCCCCCGUCCGUGGGCAGGGUCACGAGCGCUACUUCCUGUUGGUGGUUGACAACUACUCGCGUUACACCACAGUCCUCCCCUUGCGCAGCAAGGGUGCUGUCACUGAGGUGCUGAUCGACUGGAUCCGCGAGGCUCGUCUCCAGCUCAGGAAGAGCUUCGGCUCGGACUUUCCUAUUCUGUGUCUGCACUCGGACAGAGGCGGGGAGUUCUCCUCUCGCCUUCUGCGAGACUACUGA